AUGGACCCGCCAUCACCCGAACCAUCACCAGGUCCAUCCCCCGGUCCAUCCCCCGAUAGAACGCCCGGUGCAUUGCCAACCUUUUCACCCUCAGCAUCGCCUGCGGCAUCACCCCCUUCAGAAGUGGCGAACUUGGCGGCAUGGACGCCAAGCAGUGGAGGGAGAUUAACGUCUUUGCCCGACGCUACUUUGGAUCAGAUAAACAAGGAGGAAUUGCGCGAGUACGCCGAGGCAUUGAAAUCGUUGGCGGAGAAGUACCCCCAGGUGAAAGAGACCUUGACGCCUACCAUCAAGAACGUGAUGACGCGGGUGGAUGGCCGAUGGCGAGGCAAUCGAAUCGAGAAAAAGAUGAACUUGGCCGAAGUGGAAGAAUACGUCAAGGAAUUGGAAGCCACCGAUCAAAGCAAGUUUGACGAAACGUCUCAAAUGCGGAUUCGCUAUGUCCUGGAAAAAGCCCUGGCACGACGACUGCAGCUUCGCAAGGAAGCCGAACAAGACAGGAGGAGGGAUGGUGAUGGCGGGGACGAUGAUGAUGAUCGAGGGUGGGACGAUCCAGGAGGGGACGAUGACGACAACGGCAGCGAUGGCGACGACGACGAAGACGACAAUAAUGACGAUCAUGGGGAACGAUUCAAGAACGYGGAUCAAGACACCGCAUCUAAAGCCUUGCCCAAAAAAUUAGGCAAAGGGGAUCAUCAAACCAUCGCCAAUACCACCACCGUGACCACGGUCCGUUGA